UCAUGUGUGAUGUGUGGCUAAAAUCAGUCCAUUAAAUUCUUAGCAAUUAUUUGGGUGGUGAUAAAUUUUUCAAAUCACCAAACUUUCACACCAAAAAUACGCACCACUAUAAAAUAUCAUCUCCUCACACAGUACCAGCUACCAAGUGCAUUCCCGGCAUUUCGCUAAAACAAAAUCAUCAAUUCUUUGAAUUUCCGACACUUUUUCCACACAAAACAAAAUUUUCGACGCUAUACUUCCCAGAAUCUCGCUAAUUUUUCGUCAGAAAAAAAAUGUCGAUAAUUUCACAAUUUUGCCAACUACCCAUAAAAUCCCACAAAUUAUCCUCACAAAUCCAGCAAUUUCCCCCCAAAUCUCCUCUCUUUUCCUCAACCCCACUAAAAUCAACAGGGGCAAAAAGGGAAUUUACAAGCAUCAAAAUCAAAGCAACCUCAUUAGACGAUGAGUGGGGCCCAGAGAAGCAGAGCUUUAACAACAGCAGCAGCUCCGGCGGCGGAGUAGUGGCGGUUGCGGAGGAGGAGACGGCAGUUGAAGCGGAGGAGAUUUAUAAGCUGAAAAAGCGGUUAGUGGAUUCGUUUUAUGGAACUGAUAGAGGAUUGAGAGCAAGUAGUGAAACUAGGGCUGAAAUUGUGGAGUUGAUUACGCAAUUAGAAGCUAAGAAUCCAACUCCUGCUCCUACUGAUGCUCUUCCUCUUCUUAAUGGCAAGUGGAUUUUAGCGUACACAUCGUUUUCUGGUUUGUUCCCAUUGCUUUCCCAAGGAAGAUUACCACUGGUCAAAGUGGACGAAAUCUCACAGACUAUUGAUUCUGAGAAUUUCACUGUCCAGAACUCUGUGCAAUUUUCGGGUCCUCUGGCCACCACUUCUCUUAGUACCAAUGCGAAGUUUGAAGUCCGCAGCCCCAAGCGUGUUCAGGUAUCUUUUAGAUAUCAAAUUAUUGAAGGAGUCAUUGGCACUCCCCAGAUAACAGACAGUGUAGUUUUACCUGAGAAUGUAGAGUUUCUGGGGCAAAACAUUGAUCUCACACCUUUGAAGGGCCUGUUUAACUCAGUACAGGACACCGCUUCAUCAGUUGCUAGGACAAUUUCCAGCCAACCACCGUUAAAGUUCAACAUAGGUCAAAAUGAAGGCUCGUGGUUGCUUACCACCUACCUUGAUCAAGAGCUUCGAAUCUCAAGGGGUGAUGCAGGCAGUGUGUUUGUUUUCAUUAAGGAAGGCAGUCUUCUCUUGUCUCCCUAAAUGAAGCUUAAUACCCCUUAAUUAGUAUAUACUGCAAUCUAGAUGGGGGUUUAAUACUAUGAUGUCACAAUAAAACCACCAGUUAUUGGUGCUAAUACUCGUAAUUUACAGAAUGGUAAGAAAGGUGUAUUGCCACUUGUAUAUUGUAGUUCACAUACUAUAUCAAAAAGAUGAUGUAAUAUCAUAAUAUGCUUUCAGUGAUGAUAUACAGUAAAAUCCAAGAAUAUUACAAGUUAUACCUGUUUCUAA